UUAUAAGCAAAGCGUCAGAGUAAAAAAUGUCUCUGCUUUUCAACCUAGUUGCAAAACACUUCGUUCGAGAAGAGGACAAGGAAUGUUUCUCCACAUGUCCACGAGAAACCCCCUACCUGCUGGGUGGCUUUAGUUUUGAAGAAGACGAAUCUUCAAACGAUGAAGAAAACAAAAUUAUAGAUUAUUGGGUAUUUAAUCCAAGGAGUGAAAAAUUCAUCAAUAUUACUGGCAAGAAAUUCCCAAAAGUGUUGUCGGAAGGAUGCAGUCUUCUUGGAACCUCACGUGGCUGGGCUGUGUUCAUGAGCCACACCGAUUCCACCAUACAUCUUACCCAAGUCCUUAAUCCUUGGUCCUCAGAGUCAUCUCCCAAAACCAUUACUCUGCCCCCAUUUACUGAUCACCUUGUUCUGCAUGCCGAAAUGGUUGAAAAUGUUUCCUUGUCCACUUAUCUUCCCAACCAAGACGAUGAUUAUAUAGUGAGUUUCACCUUCUUUGGAUCCAAACUUUGUUACUGUAUGCCUAAUCGAGAUUCAAACUGGACGAUUGUCGACAUUUCUUUCUCCUACGAAAUCCACUCUGGUAUUACUUAUUCUCGGAAAGACCAGAUAUUCUACCUCCUUACUACAGGAUGUUCCUACAUGGCUGCCUUAGAUCUCAAAAAGAAUAAGAAGAAUCCAAAAUUUAUGAGGUUUCAGUUUGGGAGCUUCCCUCUGAUACCACAAUAUGAGUGGGAGAUACUGGCGUCAUGUUUACGUAUUAAUUAUAUUGCGGAGGCGUCUUCUGGCGAGCGUUUCAUUGUUCAAUGGUAUGUCAAAACAAGUAGAGACUUGUACACAGAUGGUUUACAAGGAGAACCCAAACGAUUCAUGGUGUUUAGGAUAGAAGAUGAGGGUAAAUUAUACCAAGGAACAAGAAUAAUCGCUAAGUACACAGAAGACAUUGGAGAUCUUUGCAUUUUCAUUGACAAAAAUGAAGCAUUCUGUUUAGAGGCAAGCAAGUUUCCUGGACUCAGGUCUAACUCUAUAUAUUACGUUUUCCAUGGCUUUGGUGUUUACAAUAUUAGUAAGAAAAGCAGCCGCGAGUAUGAUCUAAGUGGUUAUCCUGAUACUGAAGGACUGGAUUUUUUUAUCUCUCCUUCACUCCAUUAGCUAAUUAAAAUGUCAAUCUUCCAAAACUAGUUAUGUCAUUAUCUUAAUUAAUGAAACUGUGUUUGAUGUUUAGGAUGCAUUUUGUUUCCAAGCCUACACCGAUGUUUCAAA